GUGAUGAACUUCAGUUCUUAUCUCCAUAGAUGUUCUAAUCAGUCCCUGGGAUGCCAUGUUGUCGUUCCACAGGUGUCCCACCCUGGAUGACCUUUGUCAGUAGCUUCUAAUUAAGGCUAAUGGGACGGAGCUCCCCUUUCCAUUGCCGUGUUUGCCGACUCCCAGCCAAGACUGGAGAAUGUGAAAUGUCAGAUGGUCCCCCAAGCCUUGGUAAAAGACAUGUUAAUUGUCCCAAUAGGUAAUCUGGCCUUCAACUCUCACAAGGAGCUGUGGAAAAACAUAUGCAACUGCUUUUCAACAACAAUCGGCCUUUAAAAAGUUCUCAGUCUGGUGUAACAUUGCCAAGUGAACGGAAGAAGCAGAGGAGCUCAGACAAGGAAGUGUUGGCACAUACCAUAUAGCUGUCUAUACACCGAGGUAUCGCUCCCCCUUAUAAUUUGGGAUCAAAUAUGCUCUGAAAGCAAACACGUUGACAUGAGUACCCUGAUAUCGGGGAAUUUGCUAUAUUACCAUAUAGCUGUCUAAAAGUAAAACCACUCCUGUAUUGAUUCAGCUGCUCUUCAUACCAUGCUUUAUGUGUUGGUUUACUGGGUUUGAUUACAGAAAUUUGAGCUGAAGAGCACAAUGUUCAGCCAAUAAAAUCAUUUAUUUUGGCCUCAAUGGCCAUGAUGGCACAAGCCCAGGUACAUAUCAGCCUACAUAUGACCCUCCUGUGGGUCCUGAAGUGGGGCCCACUACACCUUCAAUGCUAGACAGUGUAACAGUGUACAUUCACCGGGUGUUAAGUGCAUCAUGGUUGAGUUUGUUUUGGUUAAUUUUGGAUGAAAAAUAAAUGUUUUAAUAAUCAUAUCAAGUGAUAAAUCAUAGAUGAGUGGACAGAAUAUAUUCCACUCUUUAAAAUGAAAUAGGAAAAGAGAACCCAUAGGCAAACAUGCAUGUUGCAAUUAAGCACUCGGUAAACAAUGCCAGCAAUGUAUGGAAAGACAGUUCAACAAAACAAUAGCGGUUGUACAUAGCUGAAUAUUGUGUAACCUUUAUAAAAGCAGUGCAUGGUCUACAGUAUCAAAAUGUCUUUAAGUUAGUAAACAGACUUGCACAGUGUUAUUUGGAGUCUAAAGCACUGAUGAUAUACAACUUUGGCGAUUUUAUUACAGCAGUUCAUAUUUGAGUCACCACCCUUUAGCAACUAACACAUUAACAGUGAUGUUUCCCCAUUCAGGAACCACAAGAAACUGGUGAAAUAAAUGUAACAAAAUGUUCAACAUAUGUAAAUUGUGAUUUUGAUGAACUUUGGUGGUAACAGGGAUGACACCUGUUUAAACCAUAGUGUUAAAGUGGCAUUUGGAGUCAACUUAAACCCACUUCGACUUCUUCAGAGGUCAAUAAGUACAUAAUGUACAUCUAAUGUACUCAUAGGCUGUGAGCCAGAAAUCUGAGCGAGAGAGGCAUAGGCUCUCCACAGAUCCAACUGUGGAGAUUGGAGAUUGAAUAUAUACAGUGUAUUUGUUUAGGCUAUGUCAAUAAGCAUGAAUAUAUGAAAAUGUAUUUGGGCGUGGGCUUUGUAGCCUUCCCUUGAUUAUGCACAAGCUGUGAAUGAUCUAUUCUAAUGUGUCCAUUGGGGAUCCGAUUAUUUUCAAAGGGAUGCUGAUUUGAAAUUGAAUGUGAGGACAAAUAUUAAAUCAAACCAUUUAUCAAAUCCCAAGCAGCAGAAAACAAAACAAUUAAAGGAAUGUAUUUAGCUAGAAAAUAUCAAAAGAAUCUGUCUUGGGCAAUCGAUGACAGCCAAAGUAAGUGGGAAAAAGGUGUUACAUUAGAUUAUGAGUUAAACAUCACUUAAACCAUAUCAUGUAAUCAUGUUUUUUUCCAACACCCUCAUGUGGCAAAGCUGUAUGUGUGAGCAAUAUGGCCCGUGUUAAGGGAAUGACCCUCCUUGUCAGAAGUUAGUCCCAGGACUCAAAUUAUACUAUAUAAACUCAUGCCAGAGAUGAAGAACAUAUUAUGUCAGGUUGAUCUUGAGAUUAGAGGACAUCUAGAAAGGUGAGUAGAUGGUACAUUACUGUACCUAACCAAGUCAUUAUUACAGCAAGAUUUAGAAAUAGCAGCAGUAUGAUAAAACUCAUGGAUGAUGAGGUAAAUAUCUGAACUUUUGAGGAUGUAAAUGACAAAGCGCUCUCUGAUUUACCUUAUAUUUCAGCCCAAAUAUUUCUAAUCUACUGCAUUACAGGUUGCAACUAUUGAGCGAUGAAUUUCUCAGUCGAUGGCAACGUCACAUACGUCUCUCUCAACGUCAGAGACACGUUUGUCACGGCUUUGACAAAGAACAUUAUUGUGGUGGCACUGUGGAUCUCCAUCAACUACAUCAAUGGCACAUUUGUCCACACCUUCUUGAAACACGAGACCUUCAAUGUCAACCCUCGCUACAUCCUCUUCAUCCACCUGGUGAUCAAUGACAUGAUCCAAUUGACCAUUGCUGUCUUCCUGCAUGUCAUAAGCUACAUCCUGUUCACAAUCAAUGUGUCUUUUUGCUGCUUUCUUUUGAUGAUCGCCAUUUUUACCACUUUGAAUACUCCUGUGAACCUGGCUACCAUGGCCUUAGAGCGCUAUAUAGCUAUAUGUAUACCGCUGCGCCAUUCUCAGAUAUGUACAGUGCGCAGGACCUACAUUCUCAUUGGCAUCAUUUGGAUCAUGGCCGCCAUUCCAAUUUUGCCUGACCUUUUCAUUCUCUUGGCCACAGAACCACUUCAGUUCUUCCACUCCAAAAUAUUCUGUAGCCGAGACUCACUUUUCCGCAACCCGUACCUGAUAGAGAAGAAAUACAUUUCCCACGCUGUGUAUCUGACUGUUGUUUGGUUCAUUCUUUUCUAUACGUAUUUCAGGAUCAUGUUCACUGCCAAGGCGGCUCAUGCAGAUGCCAGGAAGGCUCGCAACACCAUCUUGCUUCAUGCUGUACAGUUGUUAAUGUGCAUGUUCACCUACAUAGGCCCUUUGAUUGACAGCCUGAUGCUAUAUAUAUUUUCCACACAUGCGCUGGAGAUCCGGUUUACUAGCUAUGUAAUUGUUCAUAUUUUGCCCAGGCUUAUUAGUCCAAUAGUUUAUGGGCUUAGAGAUCAGACCUUUUGUAAAUAUCUGAAGAGGUACCUGAUGUGUCGGGUGAAUGAGCAUUUAUCCUCAAAAUGUGUCCCUUUCAAACACCACCAGCCAAGGGAAAAGGUCUUUAUAGAUCACAUAGCAGGAUAAUUCUUCUCCAUGUGUAUAUACUCUAUAUUUUCAGUGGUUUAUUUUGAAAGGUGUGUAACU